AUACCAAAAGAAGAAAAUUCCAUUAUCUUUCGUCUUCUCAGAGGGAUUCUGCUUCUCUUUCACCGUCGCCGGUGGAGUCUCCGUCGGGGCACACACCAUCGCGCUUCCCAUGUGUUGACUUUGGUCAACGAUGCUGAUGAAGUCUCUCUCACUUCAUUCCCAUGCCUUCCCAAUCCAAAGUGUUUCUGCAAGUGAAAUUGGUACAAACCCGAGAUGGGUACCCUUCAAGUCCUCAAAUUUGAGCAGGUUUUUGUGUCUGAGCACCCAAAACGGUGGCUUUAGAGGCAACUCUGGUGAGGUUGGUCGUGGAGAUGGAGUCAUAAUUGUGGAUCAUGGGUCACGUCGUAAAGAGUCCAAUCUCAUGCUUAAUGAAUUUGUGGAAAUGUUUAAGAAUAAAACCGGGUACGAGAUUGUGGAGCCUGCUCAUAUGGAAUUAGCAGAACCAUCAAUAAGAGACGCUUUCCAAUCUUGCGUUCAACAAGGUGCAAACCGCAUUAUUGUCAGUCCCUUUUUUCUUUCUCCUGGAAGGCAUUGGAGUCAGGAUAUUCCAUCUUUGAGUGCAGAGGCAGCAAAGGAGCACCCUGGUGUGUCAUAUAUUGUAACUGCACCCCUUGGACUGCAUGAGCUUCUUGUGGAUGUCGUGAAUGAUAGGAUCAAUCAUUGCGUAAAGCAUGUAGCUGGAGAUGCUGACGAGUGUUCAGUUUGUGCUGGGACUGGAAAAUGCAGGCUCUACUAAUUUGUGAAACUAAAUUGAUUUGAUUGCUGUUUCUACAAAGGUAGAUGAGGUUGAAAGUCAAGAGAAUCUGUAAAUUCAGUUGGAAAUGUAGUGAAACAUUGAGUUGAAGUAGUAGAUUUGGAGUGUCCAAUGUAGCCAAUGACACAUGAAAUUGAUUGUUCAAUGAGUGCUCAUGCAUCUUCUCGUCUGUGAGCAUUAUGUUCUUAUCCACUAUACAAUGCAUCCCUAAUGUGUGGUCAAGUUGAAUUUGUUUAUUGAAAUGGUUU